ACAAGCACCCAGCUGUGACACCCACAACUUGAAUUCCUUUGGUAUGAUAAUCAAUAAAACCACCGCAAGGUUGGUGGGCCGUCUAAGCCUUUAAAUAUUUCACAGAUGCAUCAGCGUCCAACGACUUUAUCAUGAGUUCUCGCCCACACACCGCCGUUGUGGCCAACGCGAAGAUCUUCCCGGUCUUUGCAAAUAGGCUCGCAUCACACGACCUCAACGAGUACAUAAACACUGCCAAAAAGCUGAAGAACUGGUUGGGCUCCGAGAAAGCAUACUAUCCUGACGCUCUACGUAAUAUCGUUUUGCUCCUCGAGAUUGCCCAUCAGACCUUUACGAGAAGGUUUCUCGCAACAGAAUCGUCAGCACUUGCUGUGAUAGAUAUAUAUCAGGCCUUAAUUCGCGCCGUAAAUCCUUUCAUACGGUUUUUUACAGAGGAGGACCUGCAACUCCGACUCCAACACUUGAUCCAAAGUUCUUCUGAGGUUUCGACUAAUUUUAUAUAUCCUAUCCGGGCUGAAGGCGAAGCCACAGCUCAAGAAUACAAGGACGCUACCUCAAUGAUCACAACUACCCGAGAUGUGACUCCAAGCACGCAACUAAUGUUUCCUAGUACUGCGCAAAUGGAGCCAGUUCAAUCACCUACUACAGCGCAGCCUUCGACCUCGUCUAUACCCCACCCAGAUAUUCAUGCGGAUUCCCCAGCCAGUGUCUCCAUCCCGAGAAUCCUUCCAAAACCUCAGCCAAAGCGCCAAUCUGUGGCAUCUUCACUAUCUGAGCACCUCAAACACCGUGACCUCGAAUGGUUCAAGGCAAAUCAUCAGCAUGCGGCUGCUCCUGAUUCAAAGCCUUUAAGUCCUGCUGCUCCACCCAGUGCGCUCAAGUUUUCAAAUGAUGCAACGGAGCCCCCUGUAGAGAAAAUACGGCCAUCUCGCAUGCCAGGGAGGCUACCUCCACGACCGGCAUCUACUGAACUGACGACGAUAAACGAGCCUGCAGCUCCUGCGAAUACUGUUGACCUGACGAGUACCUUGCCUUUCUCCGAGAUUCCAGCGCCAACAGUUGCCAAAGAACUCAACGAAGAAGAAAUCACGUCCGCUCUAGUUGAUGUUGUUAUGACCGACCCACCAACAGAAAAUAUACCUCAAGGUUCAGAAACACUCCUCUUGGGUAUGCCAGGAAACAUCGCCCCUGGGGUCACCACGCCGUCGCCAAAACAAAAUACAGAUACCCCAACUCCAAGGCAGCCACUUGCGAUACCCUCAGAUGUGGGUGUAGAAAGCCACGGAGACGGAGACGAGAUAUCAUUACCUCCAGUGGAUAAUACCUGUCCGCAAGUCGCUUGUGCGAGAUUUGGAGGGGAGAUGGCUGUGAUGAUGUUUCGGCAAGGACUCGAGUCACCUCGCGGGACGAUCGACCUUACGUUCGACCUCGAUCAUACACUCUAUCUCCAAAUUGCUCGGUGGGCUAAGCGCAAGUCGUCACCAACAGAUUUGGAACAAAGUGUCUGUGUGUCAUUCGCUUGCUAUCAUCUCCCUAGUCUCUUGCCAAAUCCACCGGAAGAUGAUCAACCGACUCCGUUUGAGAAACUUACGAUGGAUUCGCAAUGCUCGUGGCCCGCAACUGGGGACCUUUCACUGCAGACAAAGCGGGAUGGGAAGGAUUUUAUUAUUCCACUAGCUCCACCCAUUUUCGUUACUCCAGACAAUUGCGUUGAUAUCUCCGCAUUUAUCAGAAGCGGAGAAAAUGCUUUUUCGGUGGUCCAACAGAGCGACAUGUCAGACUAUAUGUUUAUUCUCCACGCCCAUCAUCCCACGCCUGCGCAGCUUAGCUAUCUUGCUUCCUGCAGACAGAAGCGUGAGGAUUGGACGAAGACUACGCGUGCUUUUUGCACAUCCGAACCGACGGAAUCUUUAUGGAAGCGAUCCCAGUCGCGGACAUGAAGGGUUCGUCAUAAUUAGUUUUCUUGUAAUUAACCCUCGAACUUCGCAGUCCCGUUGUGUAUGUAGUACUCGUGCAUUUCUGAUCAGAUUAUAUUUUGUAGCAUAGUCAAUUAAAUGUGUUUUCCGAAGCUUA